CCAGGAACUUAAUGAGAAGACCCCUUAAUGCUUAUUCCCCAACUUUGCUAGCUAGGGUCUUCCUGCUCUUCAUCUUAAAAUCUGAGGCAUCAUCAGUCCAAACCAGCUUCUCCUCUAAUGCUUAUUCCCCACUUUGCUAGCUAGGGGUCUUCCAGCUUUUUAUCUUAGAAUCUUGAACCAUCAUCAAAGUCCUAGCCAGCUCCCCCCCAACCUUUUCCAAUCAAAGCAGAAAGAUGAAAGGUAGCAGUACUGAACUUCCCCAAAAGUCUCUCCAAAUUAAGGAGGACGACAAGUUCUUCUCUAGACUUCUAAGCAAGGAGAGAUCCAUGGCUAAUUCAUCCUUCAGAGGUGCAGCAGGUGCAGUUCCAUUCUUGUGGGAGUCUCAGCCUGGUACACCUAAACACACAUUUACUCAUACCUCUCUCCCUCCACUCACCCCUCCUCCUUCCUUCCAUUCUCUUCCCAAGAAAAAAUCAGUGAAGAAGCCUUCAAAAUCCAACCUUAUUCACACUAUAUUACCAAAACUUUAUAUGAAGAAAUCCCAAGUUCCACCACCACCACCAUCACCAUCUCCAUCACCACCAUCUUCAUUGUCAUGGUCAUCCUCGUUGUCUUCAUCAUCAUCAUCAUCUUCCACCCCAACCACCCCUUCUAACAUGAACCGUUUCCAUAGGCGAAUUUCAAGUUCUAGAUUAUCUUUUGAUUCCAAGGGAGAUGAUGAUCAGUAUGAGGGCUUUGGAUAUGCCUCUUCAACCUUAUGCUUUGGUGUGGGUCGAGUGAGUACUGCUAGUGAGCUUAGUGGCUGUAACUCAAUCAUGGCUAUGAAGAAUGCUUUCUUAUCUAUUGUUGGCCAUCGAUCUGAUCGAGGUACAACCACUGUGUGAUUAAUACAGUGUUUAUGUUCUUUAUCUCUGUUGUUCCAUUUAUUGUCUUUUUUUUUUUUUUUUUUGAGAUGUAAAAUCCAUGUAUGUGAUUUAACUGAGAACCAAAGUGGUGGGAGAAAGACAAUGUAUUGGGAAACUGGAAGUAGAUUUUUGUUCUUGAAAAAUAACAAGAAAAUUCAUGAUAGGAUGAAUGAAACUUAUGUUCUUCCA